GUUCUAUGGUCAUCUGGCAAGUGACAGUUGGGAAGCGGGAUCCUUAGACAGUUAGGUUAGAAUAUAUAGAAGAUAAAAGUAAAACGUGUUCUCAAACUAAUCGUGUUUUAUUUACAAUAAUAAUAUCAAAGCUAACCUGAAACAUGGUGUCAGGUGUGAAUUAAUAAGAAGAGUGAGUUUAAUAAAUAUAAAAUACAGAACUUUAGUUGAGAAUAAGAUUUUAAUAUGGAUUCAAGCGGAUUUAAACCGCCAUCAAAUCUUGUAUUUGAUCAAAACCUUCAUAAAAAUUAUAAGAAGUUUAAACAAUAUUUCGAAAUUUACUUAAAAGCAACCGAUUUAAGUGGAAAGUCAGAUGAACGCAUAAUCGCUUUGUUUUUAAACUCCGCUGGUGAGGAGACUAUAGAAGUAUUCAGCACAUUAAGUCUAUCUUAAGAAGAUCAAAAAGGAAAUUACAAAGAAGUCAUAGCAGCUUUUGAUAAUUAUUGUAAACCACGCAAUAAUGAAACGUUUGAUCGUUUCAAAUUUUUCUCAAGAAAUCAGGCAGAGGGAGAAAGCAUGGAUCAUUUUAUAAAAGACUUGAAAUUAUUAGCUAAACCGUGCAAUUUUGGAACUCAAGAAGAUAGUCUUAUAAGAGAUAGAAUAAUUUUAGGGGUCCAAGAUCAUAAUUUGCAAGAAAAACUAUUGGGAAUAAAUAAUUUAAAUCUGGAAACUGCAGAAAGCACUUGUAGAAUAACAGAAGCUACUAAGCUUCAAGUAAAAGAUUUAAACAAGGAAGAAGUGAAUUUAAUUCGAAGAAGAGGAUACAGUCAAGGUAACCCUAGUUCUAGCGACAGUGGCAAUAAUAACGGAAGAGAGUUCAGUUGCUUGAAAUGUGGCAGAAGACACACCAAAGGCAAGUGUUUUGCUUUCGGAAAAAACUGCGCUAAGUGUGGACUGAAAGGACAUUUUGCUGUAGGAUGCAAAACAGGAUACAAUAAAAAAGAUAACUUUAGUAACAGUAAGAUAAAUAAGAACAAAGGUAAAUAUUUUAACAGUCACAAUAGAAAUAUAAAUAGUAAUCAACAUGUAAAUGUUGUUGAUGAAAAUGAUUCGAGUGAUAAAGAUUUUGUUAUUAACAAUCUAACUGUAUUCAACAUUUAUGAGAAUGAUAAUUCAGAACUUGAGAAAAUUUGGACAGAAAAUGUAUGUAUUGAUAAUAGUGUAAUUAAGUUUAAGGUUGAUUCUGGAGCUCAAUGUAAUGUACUUCCAAUAAGUUAUAUAAAAAAAUUAGAAAGGGAGAAUGACAUAAUACAUUCAGAGCAAAGUAUUAUAGCCUAUGGCGACAAUAAAAUCAGAGUUGUAGGAAAUAUACGAGGCAAACCUAUUCUUGGGUUAAAAACCUGUGUAAAAUUAAAUAUAAUAUGCAAGCUGGAUGAAGUUAACUUAAAUAAUAAAAGAGAUCCUAAAGAAAAUUUCAUUAAUCAGAAUAAAAAGUUGUUUGAAGGUACUGGUAAAGUUCCGUUUAAAUAUAGGAUUUUAUUAAAAGAGGGUUACAAACCAGUUGUAAGUAAUUGCAGAAGAGUCGCUGAAAAAAUUAAAGGAAAGCUAAAAAAUACUUUGGAUGAGUUAGUAGACAAAGAUAUAAUUGAGAAGGUCGAUGAACCUUCAGAAUGGGUAAGUAAUAUAGUUUGUGUUGAAAAACCUAAUUCAGACAAGUUAAGAAUCUGUUUAGACCCUAUACAUUUAAAUAAGUAUAUUUGUAUAGAUAGGCAUCCUAUACCAACAACAGAAGAAAUAGGCUUAAAAUUAAGAGGGAAAAGUAUCUACAGUGUGAUAGAUAUGUCAGAUGCCUUCUAUCACAUAGGAUUGGUCAAAGAUAGCCAAAAAUUAUGCACAUUUAUAACACCAUUCGGUAAAUAUCGUUUUAAGAGGUUAUGUUUUGGUCUAUCAUGUAGUCCAGAAGUUUUCCAACGAGUAAAUGAAAGAAUUUUCGGAGAUUUAAAUAUCCCAAUAUAUUUUGAUGACUUAAUAAUUGCUGGUAAAGACGAAAGAGAACAUGAUUUGAUAAUGAAUAAAGUACUAGAGAGAGCUAAACAGUUUAAUGUAAGAUUUAAUGCUAACAAGUUACAAUACAAAGUAAAGGAAGUAAAAUACUUGGGGCAGGUUUAUUCCAAAGAUGGGAUAAAACCAGAUAAUUCAUAUGUAGAGGCAAUAAUGGCUUUAGAAGCACCAAAAAAAAAAAGAAUUGCUGAGAAUUCUGGGCAUGGUAAAUUACUUGACGAAAUUUAUACCAAAGAUGUCAGAAAUAGUAGCAUCUCUAAGAGGUUUAAUAAAAAAUAACGUAAAUUUCUUGUGGACUGCUGAUCAUGAUAAUACAUUUAGCAAUCUGAAAAAAGUUAUAGGUAAUUUACCAACCCUUAAAAUAUUUAACCCAAACUUACCUAUUACAAUACAAAGUGAUAGUUCCCAGUAUGGAGUGGGAGGGUGCCUUAUGCAAGGAGGUCAACCCAUAGCAUUUUGCUCAAGAAAAGGAGUAUUUAUCAAUUUGUUUUAGUCUAAUUAAGUUUCAUCCGUUUGUUUACGGUAAUAAGAUAACAGUACAAACCGAUCACAAGCCAAUAAUUGGCAUUCAGCAAAAAGAUAUUAAUAAAAUUACGUCCAGACUACAGAUAAUGCGCUUGAAAAUCUUAAAAUAUAAUUUCGAAGUUGAGUACAUACCAGGUUCAAAGAUGUAUGUAGCUGAUCUUUUAAGUAGGUCAUUCAUAAAAGACAAAGUAAAUGAAGAUUGUGAAAUGGAAGAGGUUGUGCAUACGAUUGACAUUGAAAGGCCCAUUACAAAUAGACGAUUAGCUGAGGUAAGCAAGGAAACUUUGUAUGAUAGUACUCUUAAAAAAGUUACUGAAUAUUGCAUUAAAGGUUGGCCAGAUAAAAAAGUAUUAGAUAACACUGAACUAAAGCAGUAUUAUAAAAUAAAAGACGAUCUACUGGUUCGCUAUGGAAUUUUAUUUUUCAAAAAGCGAAUUUGCAUACCCAAAAAACUACAAAAUCAUAUGACUAGAGAGCUACAUAAAUCUCAUUUUGGUAUGGGAAAAACAAAGAAGUGGGCAAGGAAAAUAUUAUACUGGCCGGAUAUAAUAACUGAUAUUGAAAAUUUUAUUUCAAGGUGUCGCAUAUGUGAGAAAUUCAGCAGAAAUAAAAAUAAAAGAACCGCUAAUACCGCACGAGGUACCUAAAUAUCCAUUUGAGAUAGUGGGGUCUGAUAUAUUAGAAUAUGCAUCAAAAUAUUUAGUUGUAGUUGAUUACUACAGCAAUUGGAUUGAAUUGAAAGAAAUACAAAGAAAAAGUAUAGAUGAAAUCUUAAAACAAUUAAAAGUAAUAUUUUCUAAUUUUGGGUUACCUGCAAAGUUUAUUUAUAUCUGAUAACAAUCCCUACAACAGCUUUAAAUUUAAAGAAUUUUGUAAUCAAUACAAUAUACAAUGUGUUUUUACGAGUCCCAGGUACCCAAGAUCGAAUGGGUUGGCUGAAAAAGCCGUACACAUAUGUAAACAGUUAUUAAAAAAGUGUAACAAUGAAGACGAAAUAUUUGUUCAUUUGUUGAAUUACAGAGUUUACUAUGUGGUCUUGAGGCCUCACCUUCAGAGUUAUUACAAAGUAGGUUACUAAGAACAGGUUUGCCUAUAUCCAACAGAUUAUAGGAACCCAAAACCACUAACGAGUAUGGGAAAAAAGUAGAAAGAAAGUUGGCAGUAAAAAGCUAUCAUGAUAAAUCUGCACGUAGCAGCUCAGAUUUUAACGAAAAUCAAGAUAUACUAUUUAAAUUGAAGAAGGAUGGGUAUUGGACACCGGGAAAAGUCUUAUCAAAUACUAAUUCUCCACGAUCAUACUUGGUGAGUGAUGAAAAUGGCAGAGUUUAUAAAAGAAAUUCUUCCUUUCUAAAAAAUACAAAAAAUCCAACGGUUAUAAAUGCGUCAAACAACAACGAAAAUAUAAACAUAAACUGUAAACCUAGUAGUGCUGAUGAAUCAAGUGAGAACACUUGUUUGUCUAAUAGCACUGAUGUAUAUAAUGAAAACUAUUGUGGAACUAAUAAUAAUAAAACGGCAAAUGAAUGUACAAGUGUCAAGGAAGCAAAUAGCAAAUGCACAAGAUCAGGUCGGGUCGUCAAUGUACCAAAUAGGUUAAGAGACUAUUAUACAUAGCGGAAAAAAUAUUAUUAUUAGUUUCAUGUCUAGUUUAUAGUAUUAGUUAGUUAGUAUUUCAAUUAUUUCAAUAUAAGUCCAAAAAGGGGAGAUGUUACGUAUAUGACACUUCACAGUGCCAUGUACUAGCUUGAAUGUUCUAUGGUCAUCUGGCAAGUGACAGUUGGGAAGCGGGAUCCUUAGACAGUUAGGUUAGAAUAUAUAGAAGAUAAAAGUAAAACGUGUUCUCAAA